AAAUGGCUGCCAUACACUAAAACUUCCUACUUUCCUCAAUAUAAUAAGUGUGGUGGUGUUUAAUCCAUCUGGGUAUCCCUCUAUCUCUCUCUCUCUCUCUCUUUGGUCGAUUUAGGAUAACCUUUUUUCAUCUUUUCUUCUUUUUCUUUUUCUUUUUAUCUUUCUUUUGUAUUCAUAAUUAAGCUUAUGCUUCAAGCCUUCGACCAUAAAACUUUUUUCUUUGUAACAGUUUCUUUGAAGAAAAGUCUUAGGGUUUUGUCUGGAUGAUAACAAUUUUGCAGAAAAUUUCAUCUGGGUAUCCGUUUUUGAGCAAAAAGAUUACAAAGUAGAGAUAUCCACAUUGAAAGCUAAGAUUUAAUCUCUGCAAAAUUUGGUAAAAAGUAGUGUUUAGUCUUCAUCAAGGUGUCAAUUUUCUUUUUGGUUGAAAAUUGGACUUUUAGAGUUCACAAAGUCUUCAAUGCUAAUGAGCACAUUCUUCAAACAACUGGAUUGCAAAUCUCAUUAGAGAUCAAAAGAGAAAAAAAAAGUUUGAAACUUUACUCGGUUAGACACCUUAGAAAAGUCAAAAUUGGAACAUAUUUUUGACUUUCUUUAGAAAAUAUUUGUCAGCUACUAAGUUGUUCUUGUUGAUAUCAUCAAAGGGGUUUGAUUUCAGGCUGUUAAUUUUCUGAAGAGAGGUCGAUGAUGAUGAAGUUUAAAAACUCCAAUGUUCUUAUGGCAAAAAGAUCAAAACUUGCUCAGAAAAAUAAAGAUCGGUCAGGCUGUAUGUCGGGUAUUGUAAGCAUUUUUGCUUUCCGCCAUGGCCGGAUUACCAGACAACUGCUUUCAGAUCAUGCUACACACAUCACUGAAAGUACCAUCGGUCCUUCGUAUCCUAAUUCCGACGUGAACUCAAUUACGGAUUCAGAAGAGAUGAUGCAUCUUUGGAUUGAAUCUCAGAACGUUGAUCAGAAAGCUAAAUCGGCUGUGAAGGAACACAUGGAAGAAGAAGAAGAAGAAACGCAUACGCAUGGCGUUUUAGAAUGUGAAGAGAACCACGAGUCUAUGGAUUAUCGUCAAAUUUCUAAAGAUCAACCAGUUCCAUCUCAAUAUUGUCACUUUGAAGAUCUAAUGAACGAGCUCUUGUUGAUCCAUAAGAAGAAAAACGAAGAAUUACAAAACCCAAAAUCACUGGAAAGAUCAAACUCGUUACAGAAUGAACGAAGCAAUCCAAGAUCAAACGACGCCGUUUCUCGUAAACACCGGAACUUCUUCAGAAGAAGAAGCAAGUCUCACGAAUGUAUAUCCUUCGAGAACGAUAGCUCUCUUCUACCUUCAAGCACGAGCAAUGGGUUUCAUAACGAAAGAAGUGUUUCCCAAUUUUCGUUCUCGGAAAUCAAGAAAAGACUAAAGAACGCCAUUGGAAGAUCAAAAAGGGAUUUAGGAGAAAAACCAGUUGUUGUUGAUGGAAGAAGGAGUGGACGGAGUUCACCGCUAAGAGACCAUUUCUACUCUGAAAGAUUUUCGACAAUGUCUAACGGGUUUAAGAUUCAAGAUGGAGUACUUUCAAGAUCAUUCAAAUACGAAACAAAAUCGAGGGAAUACGAGGGAUUUGGAAACACGAGCGAAAGAAUUUCUAACAUCUACGUUGAGGCAAAGAAACAUCUAUCGGAGAUUUUGAGUAACGGAGAUGAAUGUAAAGAUUUGAUGGUGGCAAGGCAUCCUAGAACCCUAGGAAAGCUUCUAUCUUUUCCAAAUUACGACUCUUCUUCUGCAGUUAUCGAUCAUAAACACGAACCAGAGCAUGAGGUCAAUGAAAGUCAACCUUCGGUAACAUAUGACGAUCAUCAAGAACUUAAAGUUUCAGAUGAAGUUCAUGAGGCUGAAGAUGUUAUAGAAACCAUAAAACCACAUUCGCCAGAAGAAUCCGAAGUUUUUGAUGCAUCGGAUUCGACCGAAGAAGAAGAAGACGACGAGUUAUGUUGUUCUCCAAUAACAUCCCCUAGAAAAACAGAAAAAAUUGAGGGUACCUUAGAUGAUAGAACCGAGAAACCUAGUCCCGUAUCGGUUCUCGAGCCAUUGUUCUCAGAUGACGAUAUUAGCCCAGCCAGAACCAUUUCUCGAUCUGGCGAAACUUCAAUUACACCACUACGUAUCCGAUUUGAAGAUCACGUUACACCAACCGAAAAUCAAGAAACAUCUAUCCAUAUUCUUGUUGAAAACGAGGAAUCAGCAUUUGAGUACAUCGAAACGGUUCUUUUAGCUUCGGAUCUCAAUUGGGAUGAGUUUGAAGAAAGAUGGAUUUCUAAUGCUAAAAUAUUGGAUCAAUCAUUAUACGAAGAACUACAAAUCUUUUCGAGUCAACCCGUUUGCGAUCAACGGCUUCUAUUCGAUUCCACUAACGAAACUCUCAAGGAAAUAUGUGAUCAAUCCUUGGGUUUGUUUCCCGAGUUACCGUUUUUCAAAACAAAUAUGUAUCGGAUUCCGAAGGGAGUGGAAUUGAUAAAUGAGAGGAAGCCGACUGGACGAGGAGUACUGACAGGAGAUGGAGAUGUUAGGAGACAAUCGGAUUGA